UCAGUUCGUUGCUGACCAUCGUUACGUGCGGACGUGCCCAGCUCAGCUCAUCUCCGUGUGAUGAGGCUGCACUUUGCACACUAGACUCAAAAAGCAGCAAGUCCAAGCCCAAACAUUUCAAAACUGAAUACGGAAAGUGCCGCGACGCGAGUGACAAAUAUCGAAAAAUAAACCCCAAACGAGUUCAGGGUUUAAGUCAAGUUUACCCCUCUACCAACCGACUCCUUUCCACAGCAACAGCACAAAACAUAUACUAACGACGGCCAAGCGAGGAGUACCAGCCACAGGAAAAUAAGCCAAGAAAACCUACAAAGGAGGGAAAAGCGAGAAAAGCGAGAAACGCGAGAAAAGCCUUCCCAGGGAGACACUAGCCAGCUUCCUCUCGGAGAUUCAGAAGCGGCAAUGACGGCGACUGCGCGGCAGUCAGCGGCAUCGAGAAAGCAACCUGCGACCGCCAUGCUCAAUGCAAACGCUUUUACGGUUAAGCGGCUCUUAGCGCUGCUGAUCAUCUUCACAGUGCUGGACGCGAGUCGAGCCCUGGAACUGGGCGACAAGUGCCAGCACGACAUGGACUGCACGGAUUUCAUCAAGGGCAGCAGCUGCUCCGCCCUCGGGUACUGCGAGUGCGCCCCCUACUUCGUCCAGCUGGAUUCCAAGCGCUGUUUGUCAUCCCAACUCCUUGGCGGCGACUGCCAGCUGAGCGAGCAGUGCUCCAUGAAGGUGGCCAACAGCAGUUGCCUCGACGGGGCCUGCCGCUGUGUCGAGGGAUUCCUGCAGUUCCGCAAGCACACCUGUCUGGGACCUGCCCAUCCCGGCGCCGUUUGCUACAGCCACGCCCACUGUCAAAUGUUCGACACCCGCACCCACUGUGACUUCCUCAUCCCGAACCUCUUCGGACGCUGCCAGUGCACGAGUCCCGCCAAAAUGGUGGGUGGUCUCUGUGUGGCCCCGGCGGCGGAUCAGGAGGAACAAGCCAUCGAAAAGGUGGAGCAGCCAGCCAGCACAACGACGACAACAACCACUCCCAAGCCCACAACGACGACUACGAGGAGAACAACAACCACGACGACAACUACUCCUGCACCCACAACAACCACUAGAAGAACAACGACCACAACCACGACAACACCUGCUCCCAUUCUCCUAGAGGACGAACUGCCCGCCAGCGUGGAGGAGCAAUCUCUGGAGGAAGAUGAUGGCCAGACCACCAAACUGAGACCCGAGGUCGCCGAGGUGGAUAAUGGUGAGAAGCUGGAGGCUGUGGACAUGGCUCAUGAGGAGACUGAACUGACACAGCAGCAACACCAAGAGGAGGAGCAGCAACAUCAGUUGGAGGAGCAGCAACAACAGUUGGAGGAGCAGCAACAUCAGAUGGAGGAGCAGCAACAUCAGUUGGAGGAGCAGCAACAUCAAGAGCAGGAGCAACAGAGAGUGGAACAGGAGCAGCAUGAGAAGGAACAGCAGCAACAACAGACGAUCAUAGCUCAACCCAACGAGCCCUCUCAAUCCUCUCAAGAUGCCACCACUGGAGUCCAGCAUCUGCUGACGCCCGCUGAUGUGCCCACCGAAAAUGCCAUUAAUGUGGAGCAGGAAACCGAGGCUGGUCCCACCGAGGAUUAUCCCUACAAGUUGGACGAGGAGUACGCAGAGGAGCACAAUGACAAACCAGAAGCUCCAGAGCUGAUAGAAGAGCAACCGCAGCCCGAAGAAUCGCCUGUCUCACCUGAAAUCGCACCCAUCGAAGCGGAUGAGGAGGUUGCAGAGGCCUCAGGGGGCCAAGAGAUUGCCUCAUCGCCCAUCGACGACACCAUGAAAUUCGAUUAUGAAAACCCAGUGGAAGAAGCCGAGCCAGAGAAGCCUGAGGAAGAGCAGCAGAAGGAGGAGACUAUUCACCAGCAGACUAAUGAGGGGGUGGUGCCCAUCGAUACCGAGAGCGAGACAGAUGCGGAGGCCAGCACCGAGCCCCCCAUCCAGACGCAGCUGGUUGAGGAGGACGAGGAGCCAGAGACGUCGCAGACGGUGGCCGAUGAAGAUCUGAUCCCGGUUAAUGAAGCUGAAAUCGAAAGUGCGACGAAACCAGUGGACGAACUGCCUGAAGAUCUGGCUUCGGGGGAUCAUGAGCUGGAAGUGGCCGAGCCCAGCCACGAUGAGCAGCAGGAGCAGGAGGAGGUGGCGGUGCCGCCCAAGCAGGAGGAGCCAACAGAAGCGUUGAAGAUCGAAGAACAGCCAGGCCAGGUGGAGAGUGAAAGCCAAGACGACGAAGUGGAAAAAAAACCAGAGCAGCCAGAUACCGAAAUGGAAAUGGAAAUAGAAAAAGAAACACCAGCGACCGAAGCCGCAGAAGUGGAGCUGCCGGCCACAGAAACCAAGAUUCCAGAUAUGGAAGCCCAGAUCGAUCAGGCGGAACAAAGCGCCGACAUCAAGCCGACAAGUGGCGAAGAUGAUUUAAAUGAAGCCAAUCAAUUAAAUCAAGACCAAGUCACCGAGCCAGCCACUGUGGAGCAGGAGGAGAUCGCGGAGGUCGGCGAGGAGAAGGAGCCCGAGCAGGUGGUGGAAAUUCAUCAAGAUGCAGAUGAAGCCACAACAGAGAAACCAGUCCAGGAGCUCCAUGGCGAGGAGGAGGUGCAGGCAAUCACCGAAGCGGAGCACGAACAAUUGACAUACCCGGCAAAUGAUGAUGAAUUGGCGCCAGUGGAAACCGAAACAGAACCAGAGCUGACCACAGAGGAACCAGAAAUCGCAGAGAUCACCACCGAGCUGCCAGAGGAGGAGGAGGAGGAUAUGGUGGAGAAGCAGCAUGAAGAGGCUGAGGAGGAGAAGCAGGAGGUUGAGGAGCCGGCACGUGAGGAGGAGCAACAGGUGGAGCCCGAGGAAAAUGCAAAUGCAAUUAAGACGCCCGAAGUGUCGGAAGCAAUUGCGGAGCCCCAGGCGGAGAAGGAGGAGUUGGAGUUGCAGUCUGCCACUGAGAAGGAGAUCGAGGCAGAGACCAGCGCAGAUGUUGAGGAGGAACCAGCGGCGGUUACCGAGCAGAUCCAAGAGCCAGCCAAUGACGAGAUCUUGCUGGUGGAUGCGGAUCAGGCCAAGCCAGAGCAGCCAAUUAAGAGCGAUGGAGAUAUCUCGUUGGAAGCCACCGAGCAGCCCGAAUCCGAAACCGAACCAGAAGCCCAGGCUAGUGAAAGUUACCAGACACUUCCAGAGAUCAGCAAAGAGCAGGAUGAGUUCCAGGCCGAAAAGGAUGAGAAUGACAACAUUAUCCAGGGAGCUGAGCCCAAUGAAGAAGAGCAAGUUCUGCCGGAACCUGAGGCUGAGCCGGAGAAGGAGGAGGAGGCAGUCACCGAAGCUCAGGAGCAGGCAGCUGUUCCAGAAGAGGAGGAACUCAGCAAGCCGGAGGCGGACUACACCAGCGUUGAGCAUCUCCAGGAGCUCUCCCAGCCGGAGGAAACCACUGCUGCUGCUAUUGAAGCCGAAGAAGAAUCUGAGUCCACUUUGGCCCCGGAGAUCCCCGAAUCACCGAUUGCAAUUGUGAGCGAUGAGCAAGAUCCUGAACACGAUCCCCAGAAUUUCCACGAGAGCGAGAGCAUUGCCGACAUCCUCAGCGACCUGAUGUUGGAGGGUGACAGCACUGUGCCACCGGUUCCAUUUGGCCAGCAGCCCGCCCAAACGGUGCCCAUGGUGGAGGCGAACUCGGAGAACGAGGAGGAGCAGCCACAUGAGGCCAUUUCCGACCUACAGGCGGAGGCCGAUGAGACCCAGGAUCAUGUGGAGCAAGUGCAGCCGGCUGGGGAACCAGAACCAGCUAUUCCCGAACUGUUUGCCGAGGCAGCUAAUGAUGAGGAAGAGGAGGAUGAAGAGGAGCAGCAGGCGACCCCCGUUCCCGAACAGCCAGCUGAGGAAGAACAUGAACCAACAAAGGUUCUGGAGGAGGAGCAGCAGCCCAUUGAAGAGGAACAGCAGAAACUUGAGGAAGAACCCAAGCCCACGGAUGAUGAACAUCAACAAACUGAAGAAGAGCAUCGCCAGGAGGAAGAGCCACACCAGCAGGAUGAAGCAGAAAUCUCCAAGGAGGAGGAGCCGCUACAGGAAGUAAACACCGAUGCUGUGCCAGAGGAAGCCACCACUGAGAGCAUCCAGAAGAAUGAAUCCUCCGAGGAGGAGCGCACGCUUUCUCCAGAGGAACUGCCCUUCGAGUAUACCGAUCACCCUGACAACAGCCAUGUGAAUGAGCUGGAAUCCGCCAACCUGAUCGUGGAAUCCACUACCAGCAUCGACGGUCUACAGGAACUGGACAACAACCACAUUGAGGAGGAGCCCGCUGCUGCUCAUGCCAUUCCGCACGAGGAGGCCACACCCAAUCCCGCUGACAUUGUGGAGAUCACCACCCAGACCAUGUUGGGCCUGGCCAGUCGUGUCACCCUCAUGGAGCCCGCUGCUCCCGUGGUUACCACCCUGAUGCCCCUGAUGCCAGCCGAUGAGCCCACCCCGGAACCCGCUUCCCCGGCUGUCAUUCCUCCAGCUGCCUCUCUGGCUGCCAUUAAGCCAGGUUCUGAGCUGCGCAAGCGCGUGGAUUUGGGUCUGGAGGCGGUCUCCCUGGGACUGGCCUGCAGCAGCGAUCGCCAGUGCCAGCUGGCCGAUCCCCAUACCGUCUGCAAUGGACGAGGAGUCUGUGAUUGUGCCGCCGGAGAUCAGGGAUCGCAGUGCAGCGCCGAAAGAACCGGAUGCAGCCCCGGUACCUUCCAGUGCCGCUCGAGUGGCGUGUGCAUCUCGUGGUUCUUCGUGUGCGACGGACGUGCCGACUGCAACGACGCCUCCGACGAGGAGUGCACCCACAACGCCCGCCUGAACCAGACCUGCCCCACGGAGUCGUUCCGCUGCCAGCGCAGUGGUCGCUGCAUCUCGCGGGCGGCCCUCUGCGACGGCCGGCGGCAGUGUCCGCACGGCGAGGACGAGCUGGGCUGCGAUGGCAGCCUGAGGGGCGGCAACGCCUGUCCGGAGCACACCUUCCGCUGCGGCAGCGGCGAGUGCCUGCCGGAGUACGAGUACUGCAACGCGAUCGUCUCCUGCAAGGACGGCAGCGACGAGCCGCCGCACCUCUGCGGCUCCCGCGCCCUCCCCAAUCUCUUCAUGCGCCUCAUCGAGGCGGGCGGCCUGCUCGGCGGGGGGCGGCGGGAGGCGGACGCCUACUGCCCGCACCGCUGCAGCAACGGCCUGUGCCGCUCCACGGCCAUCGUCUGCUCCGGACGGGAUGGCUGCGGCGACGGGACCGAUGAGCAAACCUGCGCCGUGUGCCGUUGUCCCGCACCGAAUGCUGCCAGCCUGCCCGCCUUCCUGGCCCGGCAACGCCCCAUGCCACUGUGGUAGGAGCCUGCUCCACCCAGCCGCCCAACUACUAUCCAAACGAAGUCCACUUCCGGUCACCAAUCCUCGCCAGGCUGACCGACGUUUUGACACACCACUGUCUUCCGACCCCCUCAACCACUACUGUCUACCCGCAUUCGAAACGAUUUUUGCCUAGCAUUUAAGUGGAUAUAUAAAAUUUAUUUAUUUAUUUAUUACGCCCUUAGCUGCGCCCACGCCACGCCCAAUUGCCGCCUUGCUAUCAAAGGCGGUCCAGCGCCCCCUUUGAGCCAGUGAUGUUUGUCAAUUGCGCCACUGGGCGCAACCCUAAACCACACACCACACCACACACAUCCACACACCCCAACAACACACACCGUCACCCACACCUCGCCCCCAUUUCGACUAUUUAUUCCACUCAUCUGGACCAUCAAAACUAUUUAUUCACACCCACGAGAAACAGACACUGAAACACUCGACAAGGAUUCUUCACUUAGCUUAGUUUUAUGCAAUUUUCUAAUUUAUUUAAAUUAUUGGCCAGGCAAACCAGUAACCGAAAAGCUAACGAAAACCACGAAAUGAUGCAUUUUUAUCGGUAAACAUUUUGUAAAUAAGAGUAAACGUGUUCGAUGUACAUGAUAAACGACAAUGCCUAUAAAGAAACGUAGGGUAUCCAGCAUGAUAACCAGAUCAUAUCCCUAUAUAGUUUAUUAUAUGUACGUACGUGUGAGCUGUACUCACACACUUUUCUCAAAGUCAAGACGCAUCACAGUAAAGCUAAAAAAGAAACGAAAAUAAAAAAUAUAUUUUUAGAAAACUAUUGAAAAAUAAA